CUCGAAAUCAAACAAACGGGGCUUUAUAAUCAUUCAAAAUAAGGGGUUAUUCUUGAUACGAUAUAGCCGCUUCUACCCGGAAUAUCUUGAUAUCUUACGACUCUAAUCAUGACUGACAUUUUUAAACUCACUCUUCACUAUCUCCAUAAAAAGCUUCUCUGACUACGGCCUAUCCGGAAAUGUUCCUAGACUCUCCUCAAUCUUAAUUUUGUAUCCUUUCAAACAUUAACCACGGCUGUCUAGAAAUGUCUGGUCAGAAAUAUGUCAUAGUUGGCGCUGGUCCCGUUGGAUCUUUAGCUGCGUUAUACGCAGCUAAGAGAGGUCAUAAUGUCGAGAUCUACGAACUUCGAGGGGAUCUACGAGAUCCCUCAACAACACCCCUAAACUUCACUAAGUCCAUCAAUCUGGCUCUUUCCGAAAGAGGUAUCAACGCUAUGCGCAAUGCCAACCACCAAGAUCUUCUUGAUCAUGUAGUGUCAGCAACAAUUCCAAUGCGGGGAAGGAUGAUUCAUGGGAGGCGGAAGUCUGGUGAAUUAUAUGAAGAGUCCCAAGACUACGAUAUCCAUGGAAGGACGAUAUUCGCGGUAGACAGAGCCGGUCUCAAUAAACGGCUACUAGAAAUUCUCGGCGAAAUGUCGAAUGUCAAGUUUUUCUUCAACUAUAAACUAACGGGUGCUGAUUUCAAGAGACGGAAGGCUUGGUUCGAGACCCGUGGUGAUGACUCAUCAUCGACUCGACCCGAAGAGGUCGAAAUCUCCUUUGAUUUCAUGAUAGGCGCCGAUGGAGCUCACUCAUCUACCCGGUACCAUCUGAUGAAAUAUACCAGAAUGAAUUAUCAGCAGGAGUAUGUCGAUACGUUAUGGUGCGAAUUUCAGAUCAAGCCGAAAGAUACAACCAAUCAGAAAUCAAAAUUCCGAAUAUCCCCGAAUCAUCUUCAUAUUUGGCCGGGAAAGCAGUUCAUGUUCAUCGCCAUACCCAGCGAGGACGGUUCCUUCACCUGCACUCUUUUCAUGCCAGGUGCUGAAUUCGCCAAGUUAGAAGCAGACUCGACUAGAUUGCCAGCGUUCUUUGAUAAGCAUUUUCCAGGUGUGACAACGCUGAUUAAGCCAAGCGAACUCAUUUCUUCAUUCGAGACAAACCCGCAUCUCCCGCUGAUUAGUAUCAAAUGCCACCCCUACCAUUAUUCCAGUUCUGUGGUCAUUUUAGGGGAUGCCGCCCAUGCCAUGGUGCCGUUUUACGGCCAAGGCAUGAACGCUGGUCUCGAAGAUGUCCGCAUCCUCUUUUCAAUUCUGGAUAAGUUCGCCGCCGUCGAGAAUAACAAUCCAGACGAUCCAGGAUCGGCGGAUGCCUCUUAUCAGAGGGGCUUGGCACUCGCCGAAUAUUCAGCUCUUCGCGUAGCUGAUGCCCAUGCAAUCAACGAUCUCGCUUUGCAAAAUUACGUCGAAAUGCGCGCUUCGGUUUUAAGCCCCACGUAUCGAUUACGCAAAUUCUUGGAGGAGUUCAUGUCUGUCCAUCUACCAAAUCUAGGUUGGCAGACCAAGUAUUCUCGAGUGAGUUUUGGAAAUGAAAGGUAUUCGGAAGUGGUUGCGAAAAGCGAUCACCAAGGAAAGGUACUCAUGCGUGGGUUCGUUGCACUGCUAUGUAGUCCCGUGGUGGUAGGGGCGUUGGGCUUGUAUUGGUCUCAGCGCCGAUCCUUUGGCCGCUUACCUUUCCUCGAAGCGAUUCGUAAUCUUGCGAAAUGAUUUCCGACUACCAUUUAUGUGGUAGGGGACUCGCCGCGCUUUGGAAGAGCUCCCUAGCACAUCUAGCUUUAGCUAUUACUAAGCCUCGAUGAAGCCCUUGGGGGGAGGAAAUGCCCCGCCGAUUUUGUAUUAUAGGGCCUACAAGGUAUUGUCCGCAUGCCGUACUCCACGCCUAUGGAUCCCCCAAGCUUCGGGGCUCUAGUAGCUCACCCAGGUACCUAAUGCAGUCAGCAAGUGGGGUAGGCCAAGCUGCAUCAGCGGACAUAGCGGACAAUUGAGCGGCAUCUUCGAAUCUAUCUUACACCUAAACCCUUUCAUGUGAGCGGACUUUAGUUUCCAAUACCAAGGAGAACUUGUUCGACUAUAUCGUAUCGCCCCAUGAUAAAAUCAGAUCAAUGAGUCAUCUUAUUAAUAAUAUGGAAGCUCAUGAUAUAAAGCCGCUCUACGGGGCACGUCGUAGUCGACCGUUGUCCGAAAG